AUGGCAGGAGGUGAGCAGCGGGCAGAAAGUCAAGUUGAUCCUCGAAAAUACUUGGACGAAGAUCGGGAAAAGUAUCUGGAGGAUCCUGUUUUAUACAAUUAUCCUACUGAGCCUUGCUGGCAAGUACCCAGUCAUCACGAAAACAAAUAUUGUGAUCUGGAGUGCCAUACUUGUAACUACAAAACGAGUCGUCAUCAUAUUAGAUCAUUAGUUUUGGAGAGAAGUGGUAACCAUUACUAUGACCAAGCUUUACAGAUUCUUUCCAAUUGGAAAGAAAGUAAAGAAAAAUCUGACAGAAAGGCAAGUCAGAAAUGUGAAGAGAAUUGGAUUGGUUGAGCCAGAAUAGCUCUAGAGGAAGCAUCACAGCAGCUGGCUGAAAAGAAGGGAAAGAAUCAGAUUGAUUGCAUCCUUUAUCGCAGAACUAUUCAACUUAGUUCACAACACGAGCCUACUGAUGUUGUGAUAAUUAAAUGACUUGAAUGCUCGAAGGCACCAACUAGAAUUGAAAGUUUGAUAUCAAAGUCAGUAAGUCGAGAAAAAGAGGAAAAAGGUAUGGCAAAUAUGGCUCAAUUAGAAGCCUUGUACAGUCUUCUUGAUAGCCAGUUUGUGAGUAGUGGGGAGGACUGUUCUCAUAAGUCAGUUUUGUUGUGAGUAAGGAAGGAUGAACAAAUUGAGAAGGAAAACACUUACACCAGUUACUGCAAGUUCUUUAGCAAGAAAGAAGAUACUGAAAUGCUAGAAACUGAGCCAGUAGAGGAUGAGCUUGGAGAGAGAGGAAAUGAGGAAGGAUUUCUAAACAACAGUGAGUUCCUCUUUAACAACACAGCUUGACCCAUAGGCAUCCCACAGUUCCACAGUCCAGUUGGCUCGCCACUUAAGUCCAUACAGGCCACAUUAACUUCUGCCAUGAAUUUCCCUCAAAUUCCUCAUAAAACUACAGCAGCAUUCUGA